AUGUCACCCAAAACGUUCAUCGUCACCGGUGCUUCUAGAGGCAUCGGCCUCGCAGUCUCUAAGUUUCUUCUCGCUGCGCCUCAGUCACACCAUGUGGUUGUGAUCGCCCGUAGUGUUGAGCCCCUCCAGAAGCUGAAAGACCAGUACCCUAAUCAAGUUGAGGUGCUCAAUGGCGAUCUUGCGGAUUUAACUCUCGGUCAGAAGGCCGUCGAUCGGGCACUAAACUCAUUCGGCCGUCUGGAUGGAUUGGUUCUCAACCACGGCGUACUAGGACAAGUGGGCAAGAUCGCCGAGGCGGAUCCAGAACAAUGGAAGCAGGGAUUUGAUGUCAAUUUUUUCAGCUUGGUGGCUUUUAUCAAAGCUGGACUUCCUGCGCUUCGCCAAUCCAAAGGCAGGAUCAUCUUCACUUCAACUGCUGCAGCCGUCUCAGCAUUCAGGGGAUGGGGUUUGUAUGGUGCGAGCAAGGCGGCUAUGAACCAUCUGGCCCUAAGUCUUGGAGAGGAAGAGCCCGACGUGACGUCCGUGUCAAUUCAGCCGGGCCUGGUCGAUACUGAAAUGCAACGCGAGAUCCGCGAAGAUCUCGCUACCGCUCUGGACCCUCAAUUCCAUGCGAUCUUCACUACCGUUCAUAGUGAAGGGCAGUUGCUAAAACCAGAACAGCCCGGCCACGUCAUAGCCAGAUUGGUGAUCGAUGCUCCGAACUCAUUGACUGGCAAGUUCCUAUCGUAG